UACCCGGCAUUAAAAAAACAUUCUACGCAGACGCCCGCUGCGUCCGCACGCUGAAAGCGCGAACGCUAAUCACGCAACGCAGAAACGUAUUCACAAUAAAGGAAGCUACAAAAUGGAGGCAAGGAUACAACUCCAAAGCGACUGGUGGACGGCGUUAAGAGAAAACGAGGGGGAAGUUUGGGUUUCAUGCAAAAUACCAGGAAAGCCAACGGUGUAUGGUAGCCUGAAAUGUCAAGGGGUCAGUUGCGACGGUAUACCCACGGUCACAGCAUCCGAGGAGUUCGAAGUGCUGCAAAUUUCAAAGAAAAGCAUCCACCUUUCCUGUCCUUCUGGAAGAACAUCAUCCACAUUCAUAAUUCCCUACACAUCUUUUCCAAAGAUUCAUGAUAAAAGUAUAACAUGUUUGGACAUUUCCAGUGGAGGAGGUUUGGGAGUUUCCACCAGCACAGAUGGCUCCAUGAAGAUCUGGAACUGCAAGAAUGGGGACAGAAGGAGGGAGCUGAUUGGCCACAUCUACGAUGUGAACUGCUGCAGGUUCUUCCCCUCGGGAAUGGUGGUGCUGAGCGGGGGGAUGGAUGCGCAGGUGAAGGUGUGGUCCUGUGAAGAUGGCACCUGCCCCGCCACGCUUAAAGGGCACAGAGCAGGUAUCCUAGAUACUUCUAUUGUGGACCGAGGAAGAAAUGUCGUGUCGUGCUCACGGGAUGGUACAGCUCGGCUGUGGGAUUGUGGGAAAUCGACCUGUCUGGCUGUGGUGGCAGACUGCGGUGCGCCAGUCAAUGGCUGCUGCGUGGGAACAGCUGACAACAGCAUCAAUCUGGGGACCCCUCCAGAGCACCCAGGUGAGCGAGAGGUGGGAACUGAAGACAAGCUGCUGCUACUGGCUCGAGAAGACCAGAAGCUCCAGGGCGUUGGUCUUCAGAGCAGGACUCCUGUUUUUGAAUUUCAUGGGUCAGAUGCCUUUAACUGCUGCACCUUCCUCUCCAGUGUGUAUGUAGCUGCUGGAGCCCAAGAUGGAAACAUCUACCAGCUCGACCUGAGGUGUUUGAGCACGCCUGUACAGGUUUUCCACAGAUCUGGAGCCCCUGUCCAUUCAAUAAUACCAGUCAGAGAGGGGUUUAUCGCCAGCCAAGGUGAUGGCAGCUGUUUUAUCAUUCAGCAAGACCUCGACCAUACCAUUGAACUGACUGGUCCUGAUGCUGAUCCCGUCUACAAGGUGGCUGUGUGGGAGAAGUGCAUUUUCACGUGCUGCAGAGAUGGGCUUGUGAGGAAGUACCAGCUGUCCAGCCUAUGAACUACGACAUCGGUGCUUUUAUCAGUGGCCAGUGAUGGACAGCAGUGGAAUUCUCAGAAUGUCUCAGCCUGAUUCUAUAGGCCUCUUGAAGUAUCCCUUGUGCUGUUGGCUUUCUAUGCAUUUUGAUAUUCAGAGUGGGCAGAAAUUAUGUUUGGACACAAAGUCUCAGCUUCAAGUUAUAAAUUGUGCAUAAGCAGUGAUUACGCUGUACUUGAACAGGUGUUCUUUAUCAACAUGAGAUUAGUUAAAUGUGCACUUUUCACUGAACAAUAAAUUCAGUUGUGAUUUUUGUGAA